GCUAACUAUGGGUGUGUGGCAUAUAAUUUUGACUGUGGUGUUAACUUUCAAACAGGCAUUGGCUUUACCAAAUCCAGUGCAGAUCAACGAAUUGCAAGAUGGACACGUAUAUCAAGGUAGCGACAUUGAAAGCGAAGAAAUGAAUUUGAAUAUUCUCAUAUGUUCAUUUAACCGUUUAAACUUCCAAAUAGUCAACCAAAACGGAUAUUCUCGCAAAUAUAUUGACAAAAUUAAAGAAAACAAUAGUUGUCAAGUUUACAAAAUUUCAUCAUCUGAUAACGCCGUCGUCAUUUCGAGAAAUGAUACAGUUUUAAAGAAGUUUAAACGGUCUACUAUGAAAAGAUUUUCCAUCAAGAGUUAUUCAACCGAUACAGUUUGGACGAUUUUAAGUUUGUGUUCGGAUAAUUUGGGCAGGAAACGUCUAUGCAGGGUUAAUUGUCCACCAGGUGUUUGCAAAGAUAUGGGUAGCAGUAAAAAUUUAGACAAACCUAUUCAUAAUGAGACAACAACUUUCGGUAUUUCCAAAAAAAUAUAUUCAUUCCAGUCCAGUAUAGCAAGCUUAUUGCACCCAGAUAAUGAUCAGCGUUUUCGUUUCUUCAAGGGUGCUCAAAUUAACGUUAAAGAAAAAAAUAUCACCUUCACCACGUGCAACUGCAAACAUCUGGAUUUUGAGUUCCUCCAAAGAGACGGUGACCCGAAGCAUUACCAUGUGAAAAAUCGAAAGGCAGAAUGUCAAGAAUAUCAGAUUGUGUCCAUUUAUGGCAAAGUUCAAGUUCAUACAGAAAAUGAGAAAACAGAAACUGUAAACAUAGACAGUUUUCUGGAAGAAAUUGUGUUAAAAUGUUAUUCAAACGAAACUCGGUGGAGGAUUUCGGAAGAUUGUUCUUCCUCUUCUCCAGGACGCUCAUGUCAAAUAAACUGCCUUACUCGUAACUGCCAGGAGACUGCAGAGGACAUCACCUUCAAAAACAGUGAUAAGCUCUACAAAACUAUAAUACCACAAGUAAAAUAUGUCAAGAAGCUGGAACAACCACCUUCCGUUCCACUGGUUACCAUAAGCUUCGAGCUGUUACUAGUAAUUGUAGCGGUUGUGAUUCUCACAGGGUUUGUGAUAAUGAUGUAUCACUUCAGACGCGUAGAUAGAGAGUUACAAGAGGCAACGAAUUCUAGGCAACGUCUAGUUUGAUUAAAGAUUGUAUAUGCGUUUAAUUUGUAUAUUUCUCGAAUUUGAUAACGUUUAUCGUUUCAUUAAGUUAAGUUAGGUAUAGGUUUUACGGUCAUUUGGACCCAUGCUUCUAACAUUAUCAGUUUUUUCAGAAAUUAUUGUUUUAUAACGCGAUUGACAAUUUUAUUGCAGAUCUUUCGUGGUAAGUUAUGUUGUAAAUUUAAUAGCUUUUGUGUCUUGUAAAUUCAGGAACUAUAACUCCCACUACCGUGUCGUAUUAGUCCAUGGGUCCCUACUUUCCUAGGCGUAAAAUCCUUGUUUAAUACAGCAGAAUAGGUAUUUUUAAAAAUAUAUUCUGAUCUGUAUAUUAAAAAAAAAUAAUUUAUGAAACAUGAACCUACAUAUAUAAUAUUUGAUUUACGUAUAUUAUAUAUAGCUUUUAUAAAAAAAUGUGGUACAAAACGACAAUGCUCAGCGGAUACCACAAUAAAAAUACAAACCGCUGCAGAUUUAAAAUUAUUUCGACAAUUAGUUUUAAGUAGUACGUAAGUUAUUGUUGUGUAGAACUUUAGAGGCUUUUUUAUAGUGUAUGUUAACAUAGUUUGAGCAACUAGGACUGAUAUUAUAGUUUUAUAUUAAAGUUUACGACUGAAA